CCACAAUUCAGUCAAAGUAAGCUCAUCAAAUCAAAUGGCCCUAUCAAUAUCCCGCAUUGUGAAUCGCAUCAAUGUUGCCUUGAAUGAUACCGUGUUGCGGGCAAACCGUACUCCUUCCUUGGCUAAUGACCUGAAGAAACAGAGCAUUAGGCUAAGGAAUCUCAAGGCCUUCGUUGUUGUUUCUGCAAGAAAGUUGAACAAAGAUGCCCGCGGCUUGGAAUCUCUAUUGGCGAGGAUUGAAGAUGUUGUUUCCAGAUAUGCCAAGAAAAUUCACCGUCCCUUUGACGCUUCAACUGCUUCCAUCUCAAUGCCUCGGCUUCGGAUCAUUUUCAAUGAGAUCCCCCGUCUGGAGGAAGAAAUUGAUGAUGAAGGAUGGUUCGUCGCUCCGGCAGAUCUCGCAGUGGAACAACAAUCAUCAUCGAGUUGUUUAACUGCAGAUGAGAUCCUGGAGAUCACUGAUUCCGUUCUUGGGAACCUGGUUGAUUUUCCUAUGAUUUUUUCCACUGGAGGAGCAACUUUGGUGAGUGCAAUGGAAGCCUUGUACACCCCGAUGAAGUUCCUGAGAAGCUUUCUCCUCUUUGCAGUGGAGGAAACUUGUGCGGAAAACAGGCAUAUAAAGGAUUUGUUGACCCACUUUGAAGCUGUUGCGAUCACUGCAGCACGUGUCUUCAUCAACAGCCCGAUAGAUGAUGAGUUGGAUGAAAGAUGGUGUCAAAGAAUGCAGUUCAAUUGCUCAAAUCUCUUCCCAAAAAUCAAGCCUAUGGAUCCUCAAGUCUGCCACACGUACACCAAAGCUCUGAAUAGCUUCAGAUCGUCCGGUCGAUUACGUGGUCAAGCGUGUCGGGAUUUCCUCGAUUCUCUCAUAUCCAUUCUCUGGGACAUCCUGCAAUCCGAUUCUGGAAGACCGUAUUUUAUGAAGGAUCCGCGACAAAUUCUGUAUGAAGGAUUAAGAUUCUUGAGGACCAUUCUGAAACCAGAAGACGUCAAUGAGAAAAUCAGGGAUCGGAUUGGGGCUCUGGUGUGUGAUGCUGGAGUCUUAAUUUUCUCUUUUUUCCUGAAACCUGCAGAAAUCAAUCCUGCGCUUCAAGAGUUGAUCAGACGGAUUAAUUUGGUUCAAUCAGAAGCUGGAGAGACAGAUUGUGUUGUUGUUCCACAGACUGCAACAAUUGACUUAUUCACUACUUGUAACAUGGGCGUUGUUGAUUGUCUCAUAGCACGUCUUCGGGAUUUGCUGUUACCUGAAGCUUCUGGGCAGUUGUAUUAUUAUACCAAGGAUCGACAGCAGGUUCUCACUGAAGGAUUCAGACUCUUUUUAACCAGUUUGGAACAGCAGCCAGAAUGCGUUAAUGGAAGAAUCAGCAGGAGCCGAAUUGAGGCUCUGAUCUCUGAUGCCAGUGUGUUAAUGUGCUACUUUCACCAGACACAUGUAGACAUCAAUCCUGAUCUUCAAAACCUCCUUGUGGAAAUUAAGCUUUUUCUAUCGAAAGUUGAAGAAAAAGCUAAAUUCAACUGUCACAGGACUGAUGAGCAGGGUUUUGAUGAGACUUUACCUGUGUUGGGUUAUCUCCAACAAUAUGAAUAUCUGAUGGCUCUGGGAAGUGAUGAUGUUGAUGCUGUCCGAGUCCAUCUCUCCCGCCUGGAAUAUUUCUUAAAGAACACUAAGAAUUCUCUCAACGACCGUGUUCAAGUCCAAGCUCUUCGAGGUCGUAUUUGGAAAGUGGCCUACAGAAUUGAAUUCCUUGUAACUAACCAGUUUGCGGUUGGAGAUAAUUCUGAUUUCCUCUCAAUUUUAUGUGAUUCCAUCGCCGAAGAAGUCAAGGGUAUCGCUAAUGCUGUAGAUAAAGAGGAAAUCAAGGAUAUCAUCACUCUUCUUGAUCUCAACAAAAAAGAACCUGGAGUGGAGAGAGCCAUCGAGACACAGGUUCCCAGCGACGAUGUUGUCGGGUUCACUGGUGAUGUGAAAAGCAUUGUGUGUCAACUUACAACAGGAACCAACGAAUUGGAUAUGGUCUAUAUUUGGGGAAUGGCAGGCGCUGGAAAGACAACUUUAGCUUCCAUGGUCUACAAAGAUCCGUCUGUUAAAUACUGUUUUGAUGUUUGUGCAUGGUGUUCUGCCUCUCCGGGAAAACCCAUGGACAUGUUAUUGUCCGAGAUUUCACAUCAAAUCAAUGCCGGAGGUUCUGUUGGGAGUAUGGAUCCAUCGGAUUUCAGAGAGGUGUUCAAGAGACAUUUGAAUAGAAGAAGAUAUCUUAUAGUUUUGGAUGAUGUAUGGGAGGGGGACACGUUGGCGGUGUUGAGACAUGUACUCCCUCCUGGAUUUCAAAGUAGAUUUCUCGUCACAAGUCGGCGAAAUGAUAUUUUUCCAAAAUGUUACCCCAAUAAAGUACAGCAUUCAAUGUCUCGACUGACGGAAGAAGAGUCUUUGGAGUUGCUGCGAAGGAAGUUAUUACAUGGAAAAGAUUGGUCUCCUGCAUUACGUCAAUUAGGGAAGCAAAUUGCAGGGUUAUGUGAGGGAUUGCCUCUUACACUUGUCAACGUUGCUGGCCUUUUAGCAGAUAGCGAAUCAGAGAGUUGGAACGAAAUUGUGAAUGGUUUAUUUUCAGGCAGUAUAGCUAGUCUAGAACUUAGCAUAAAGUCGUGGGAAUUGAGUUACAAGCAAUUACCAUCUCACUUAAAGCCUUGUUUGUUAUAUUUUGGAGCAUUUCCAAGAGACGAAGAAGUAUCUGUGAAGAGGUUGAUUCAGCUCUGGAUAGCUGAAGGGCUGGUUCGUAAAAGAGCAUCCAAGAGAAUAGAAGAUGUUGCCAAAGAGUAUCUGAUGGAACUAAUUGGAAGAAGUUUAGUCAUCGUUGCUAAACGAGGAUCCGCUGGUGGUGUCAAAACUUGCCGGGUUUAUGAUUUGGUGCAUGGAUUUUGUUUGAGAAAAAAAGCAAGCGAAGAAAAUUUCUUCCAUGUCUUACAAGAUCAUGAACAGCUUCCCAAUUAUAACGAGCCACACCAUCUUAAGAGAUUGUGCAUUUGUGAUGAUGGAGAUGGUUUUAUGGAGUCCAAGUUAUUUUGUCCUCGUGCACGUUCACUGUUGUUCUUGUCCUCGCAAAAGAAGUCACGAUCCGGACCACAGUGGCGCCCUACAUCCUCCAUUACUGCCGUCUCCAAGAGCCUCAAGGUGUUGGAAUUGGAGCAUAUUUGUUUGGGUGAUGAGUUUCCAAGUGGAAUAGAACAUCUCAAUCCGUUGAAAUACUUGUCAAUUCGAGGUACAAUGCAAUUCAUUCCAGCAUCGAUUGGUAAGCUUUCAAACCUGGAAACAUUUGUUGUGCAUCUGCAAAGAGGACGAUCAAAGGUCUCGUUGCCACAUACUCUUUGGAACUUGAGGAAAUUGAAAUGGCUUUCCAUAAAAUUUGGCGGCGGCAUUUUGCCUAUCGAAAAUGCAGAGGAUUCCUGUGUGUUGUUCGAGUUGGAAAGUUUUUCAGGUUUAUUCAUUUGCCCUGGUGCCAGCAUGGAGAAACAGUUGCGGAAGUUUCCAAACAUUCGCAGGUUGAAAUGCGACAUUUCCCGAAUGUUGGUUGAGAAUCAAAAGCUGGAUGUGAUUGUGAUUCCUGAUGCAUUGAAGAAACUAGAGUCGCUUCACUUGUUGCGGUCCGAUGUAUCGAUGAUGAAUCAACGUGUAUUUGAUUUUCGGUUGCCUAGAAAUCUAAGAAAGCUGACUUUGUCAAGGCUAGGAUUGCCCUGGGAAAAGAUUUCACCCAUUGGUAAACUACCACAUCUCCAGGUUCUCAAAUUACUUGAUUCCUGCUUCGUUGGAGACUCAUGGGAUGUGGAAAAAGGGGACUUCAAAGAAGUUCAAUUCUUGAAGUUGUCCAGGUUGGACAUUGUCCGGUGGACAGCAGAUGCUGAUGGAGGUCAAUUUUCUAAAUUGGAGAAAUUGGUGUUGGAUCACUGCAGCAAGUUGCUAGAGCUUCCUGAUUGUUUAGUAGCGUCUUCCUACCUUGAGAAGAUUGAUGUCGUUUAUUGUGGCGAAGCUAUAGAAAUUCAAGUGAAAGGCAUUCAGGAAUUUCUGAAGUUGUACAGGAACGCCGGAUUGCGAGCCAAAGUUGCAACCGAGUUUCUUCUGGCGUUGGUCGCUACCAUGGCUGGGUUAUUAAGUCCUUUUGUUUUCUUCUUUCAUUUUUCUGGCUUUGCUAUUUUUUUAUUUUUUGUUUUUAUUUGCCUAAAGUUGGGAGAAUGGGCCUUUUCAUCCCAAUAUUUGAGCCACACUAUCUAAAACAUCCCAAAGUUUAAAAGCAUGUCAUCUUCAUCCCAAACUUUUCAAGAA